AUGUUCAUAGGUAUUUAUUAUUUAUAGUUUUAGGACUUUAUAAUGAGUUGUUCCAUGAUCUAGUUGUGAUCCUUGUUGAGCCUAAAAUAAUUAAGUGACUAAGUUUAAAAUGUCUUAAUUCACAUAUUUUCUUUUACCCACAUAGUAUCAACAUGAGCAGGCUGAUUAUCACUACAGGUAUCUGUUUGAUUGUCAGUUUGGCCAGCAUCACAACUGCAAGUUCUGAUGGAGUCGAUAGUAAUUACUGUGCUGGAAAGAAUGAUGGGUAUUAUGCCAACCCGAACGACACCACUUGUUAUUACAUGUGUUCCUGUGGAGGAACCUUCCCCACAUGCUGCUUGACAGGUUACAUCUUCCUAAGAAGCUCCAACAGCUGUGUACCAAACCUGAACCCAACCCCUGCUUCCACUACUUUGACUACUCGAUGUACAACUAAGAUACCAACUACAACUACUAAACCUACUACAACUACUAAUCCUACUACACCUACUCAACCCACAACUACUACAACUGGUAAACCUACUACAACUACUAAACCCAUAACAACUACUCAACUUAAUACAACAACUAAACCUACUACAACUACUACAACCAGUAAACAUACUACAACUACUCAACCCACCACAACUACUAAACCUACUACAACUACUAAUCCUACAACAACUACUACAACUACUCAACCCACAACAACUACUACAACGAGUAAACCUACUACAACUACUCAAGCCACCACAACUACUCAACCCACUACAACAACGAAACCCACUACAACUACUAACACUGCUACAACUACUCAAGCCACCACAACUACUCAAACUACUACAACUACUCAACCUACCACGACUACUCAACCUACUACAACUAGUAAACCUACUACAACUACUCAACCCACUACAACUACUCAACCCACCACAACUACUACAACCAGUAAACCUACUACAACUACCCAACCCACCACAACUACUCAACCUACUACGACAACUAAACCUACUACAACUACUAAUACUGCUACAACUACUCAAGCCACUACAACUACUACAACCAGUAAACAUACUACAACUGCUCAACCCACCACAACUACUACAACCAGUAAACCUACUACAACUACUCAACCCACUACAACAACGAAACCUACUACAACUACUAAUACUGCUACAACUACUCAAGCCACCACAACUACUAAACCUACUACAACUACUCAACCCACCACGACUACUCAACCUACUACAACUACUAAACCUACUACAACUACUAGUCCUACUACAACUACUCCACUCACCACAACUACUAAUCCUACUACAACUACUCAAGCCACCACAACUACUACAACUACUAAACCCACAACAACUACUCAACCCACCACAACUACUACAACCAGUAAACCUACUACAACUACUCAAGCCACCACAACUACUAAACCUACUACAACUACUCAACCCACCACGACUACUCAACCUACUACAACUAGUAUACCAACUACAACCACUCAACCCACAACAUCUACUCAACCCACCACAACUACUACAACCACUAAACCUACUACAACUACUCAACCCACCAUGACUACUCAACCUACUACAACUACUAAACCCACCAUAACUACUAAACCUACUACAACUACUAGUCCUACUACAACUACUCCACUCAUCACAACUACUAAUCCUACUACAACUACUCAAGCCACCACAACUACUACAACUACUAAACCCACAACAACUACUCAACCCACCACAACUACUACAACAAGUAAACCUACUACUACUACUCAAGCCACCACAACUACUCAACCUACUACAACAACGAAACCUACUACAACUACUAAUACUGCUACAACUACUCAAGCCACCACAACUACUAAACCUACUACAACUACUCAACCCACCACGACUACUCAACCUACUACAACUAGUAAACCUACUACAACUACUCAACCCACCAUGACUACUCAACCUACUACAACUACUAAACCUAAUACAACUACUCAACCCACCACAACUACUCAACCUACUACAACUACUCAACCCACCACAACUACUACAACCAGUAAACCUACUACAACUACACAACCCACCACAACUACUACAACUACUCAACCCACCACAACUAUUCAACCUACUACAACUACUCAACCCACCACAACUACUACAACCAGUAAACCUACUACAACUACACAACCCACCACAACUACUACAACUACCCAACCCACCACAACUACUCAACCUACUACAACUACUCAACCUACUACAACUGCUCAACCCACCACAACUACUACAACUACUCAACCCACCACAACUAGUCAAUCCACCACAACCACUAAACCUACUACAACAAUUCAACCCACCACAACUACCACAAAUACUCAACCUACCACAACAACUCAACCCACCACAACUACUCAACCUACCACAACAACCCAUCACACCACAACUACUAAAACCAGUAAACCUACAGGAACGACUCAACCUGUCUCAACUACUACAAUUACUCAACCUACCAUAAGCAUUACAACUGCUACAACCCCUGGGAGUUUCUGUCAGGGGAGGAGUGAUGGGUAUUACGCCAACCUAAACGAUGCCACUUGUUACUACAUGUGUUCCUGUGGAGGAACCUUCAACCGAUGCUGCCUGACAGGUUACAUCUUCCAAGGAAGCUCCAGCAGCUGUGUCCCAAACACGAACCCAACCCUUGCUCCCACUACUACAACUACUAGAUGUACAACUACUAUACCUACUACAACUACUAAACCUACUACAACUACUACACCGACCACAACUACUAAACCUACUACAACCACUCAACCUACCACAAGUAUUACAACUACUACAUCCUCUAGAAGUUUCUGUCUGGAGAAGAGUGAUGGGUAUUAUGCCAACCCAAACAAUCCAGGUUGUUAUUUCAUGUGUUCCUGUGGAGGAACUUUCCCCACAUGCUGCCUGACAGGUUACGUCUUCAAAGCCAGUUCCAGCAGCUGUGGGUGACUGUGAAGAAUUUCACACAGCUUCACAUAACAUUGCACUGGGAUAACAUGAUAUUUGUAAAGGGUCCUACAUUUAUAUUUACUCAUAAUUAUUCACCAUUAUUACUUAAAAUUACUUAAUAACUGCCUUUUUUGCUCCUCUAAAUCCCUUCUUUAUAUUAAAAAAACAGCCAGUCUCCCCAUCGUUGCAACAGUGGUGGAAAUUUCCCCUAAACAAGCAGAUGAGAGAAAAUUAUGGAAAAUAAAAAUAAUGGAGAAAGAUAAUCAAAAACAUGGAUGUUGAUCAUGCUCAUCAACAAAUCAAAAAGCAGCUGGGGAGAUCAGUGCAUACACCACAAAGGUGUAAUGCAAAGAGACCAAAAUCUUCAAGUUGCUUCUGCCUUUUAACCCCUCUGUCUGACUAUGUUGGAAUGUCUGUCUCGCUCAAUCAAAUUGCAUGCACCAUCUCAUCCCUGUCGCCGUGUGUGUGUGAAGAUGUUUAUAUUCUCACACCUCCAUCACUGGCAUCUGACUAUCAGGAAGGAGCGCUAAGUCUCAACAGACAGAGAGACGCAACUUCCUGGCCUUGGGUUUGGGAGCUAGAGUCCAGAGUCUAUCAGGCAGGGACAACGAUUGAAUAAAUUACGUGAAAUGUCAAAUACAUAAAAUAGAUGUAAGACAAAACAUAAAAUAUUAAUUGCAGUCAUAAAUCAUAUAAAAACUGCAUAGAAUAAGUAAGAAACUAGUUUUCCAUUACAUAACUUGUGUUGAAAGUAAAUUGAUUGUCUUUAUAUGGAUUUGUUUCGUUGUCAGACAUACAGGUACUUUAUCCAGCUUGUUAUACAUAAUAAAGGAUUGUUGCAUGAAAUUGUA